GCUGCCUCAAUCUGUCAUCAUUUUCACAAACAUAAACAGAUGGCAUGGAUAUUUAAAAACCUGAAUGUGUAAGAAGAUUUUAAAGAUGGAAUUUAAUGCUUGUGACAUUAAAAAACUUGCUGACCUGUUGAAAGUUGAAGGUGAAGAUUCUUCUAGUGAUGAUGAUAUUCCAAGAUGUUCUAAAUUAGGACCAGGUGAUAUCCAGCCAAAAAGUAAAAUUAACAUUAGAGUUCCAGAUGAAGAUAAUGAAACGGAGAAGUCAAAAAAGACAAAAAAAGACCCACAAGACAUUUGGGAUAUUGAAGAGGUACAAGUCGUACCUUUCUGUGAUGAUGCUUCAUAUGAUCCCAGGCCAAGACCAGAAUUUGACAUUCGGUACAGACAGGCAGUUUCUUCUGAGGAUGUUUUUUUACAGCUAGGCCGCAAGACGCCAGCGACAGCCAGCUGUGAAGUGAUGGUGAUUGAGAUGUGUCUGGAGGGAGAGCGGAAGGAGGACAUUGACCUACAAGUGACCAAACACCACCUGGACUUGAGGUCUCCUAUGUACAGGCUGAGUCUCCCCCUCCCCCACCCAGCUGAUCCUGACCAUUCUACAGCUGAGUGGCAGACAACAAAAUCACUACUGACUGUGUCUGUCGCCCUCACUAGAGAUCUUGACUUUGUUAACUUUUAAUAAACCUUUUUUAUCGA